AUGAGCUCGAGCCUGGGCGUGAGUCUGCUCGUGCGGGUUGCACGGGAAGUCAAACAGAGCACCGAGCGGCAGUUCUCCGACGCACAUGGCGAGAUGCUGGCGGCGUUACCGCUCGAGGAUCUGCAAGUAUUGCAGGCCGCAAGUGAAUUCGUAGCGAGGAACCUCGUGAUUUGCGUGACGGCAAUACCGUCACGACGCAGUUUUUACCGCGUCGAGUCGGUGAGUAAAUACCGCAAACGGAACGAGGACGUGCCGCACCUGGCUGUGAAUACCGGUACGCAGCCCUUUGACGAGGCACUGGUCAGCGGGCAUGGCGCAAAUUACUACAACUGCUUUGGCCACUAUUGCACUUGUGCAGUCUUUCACGAGACGGUCGUGACGACGCAUCCGACGGCAAUGUGCAAGCACAUGGUCGCGCGACUUCUAGCGGACGCCACCGGUCAGUAUCAGACGAUGCAGGUUGACGACGCUAGUUUUGCGCAGAUGUUGUGUCCUCCUAUGAUAAAAGAGGACAUGUACGAUGGACAGGGAUAG